AUGACGAGACUCUUUGCAGUUAUUGCGUGCCUUUCAGAUGUACGAUGUAGCAAUUCACUGUUGUCUCUUGUGUGGCAUAAUCUCAUAGUUGGUGAGAUGAAUGUUGUAGAAACAAAGUCCAUUAAAGGGAUGCCUGGACUUGUCAAUGACGCUAAUGACAAGUCCAUUCGGGUUGUGGUGUGGCCAAUUACAAAAGAUAUGAUGAGCAUUGGAAUGACAAUGACAGUGAUAAUUGUAAUUACCAGUAUUGGUGUGCCAAAAUACAGACACACUUUUAAUGCUGUUUGGAAUCGGGACAUCAUAGCUGCCAAAAAAAAAGGCAUCCUUGAUAUCUUGUUAUUUUAUGCACGAACCAACAACAAACGCCGGCACAGAUCUUAA